AUGUCUGAGACGGAUGAGUCCUGUCCCUUUUGCAAUAUCGCCUCGGCUCAUGCUCCCUACCCACCCUCAGACCCCCCUUCUCCCUCGCCCUCAGUCCUGUCCCCUUCGCUCACAUCCCCAGCUUCUUUUGUCGUUCUAUCCACCCCGACACUGAUAUCCUUUCUGGACAUCAUGCCCCUCAGCUUCGGCCACCUUCUGGUCUGCCCUCGGCCUCACCGUCCCAAAUUGACGGAUGUCUCUCCCAGUGAGGCCAAGGACUUGGGUGCUGCCGUCAGGAUACUCUCCAAAGCCCUGGUCCGAGCAACUGGCGUGGAGGACUGGAAUGUCGUUCAAAACAAUGGCGCCGCCGCCGCCCAAGUGGUGCCUCACACCCAUUACCAUCUAAUCCCCCGCCCUGACAUUCGGGCCAGGGGCAAGAUCAGUGAGAGCUUUACCAUGUUUGGCAAGGGCAGGCGAGAGGAGCUGGAUGAUGAUGAGGCUGAGAAGCUGGCCCAGUCGCUGAGGGUAGAAGUGGCCCGUGUCUUAGGGGAAGAAGAAACAGCGGAAGGGCUGGGGCAUAACGGAGAGCCGAGAACUGAUUCCCAGGCAAAAUUAUAA